ACAGGUUACGUGAGUGUGGUAUUGUUGGUUACCUUUAAUUUAUAAUUCAGAGAACAAUUAUUAUUAUUAUUAUCUCAUUGUGUAACAGAGUGUAACCAAGUACCUCGCUCCCCACUUGUCUGCAGAAUGAUUUAUGCUUGGUGGAAGAAAAAACAUACUUAAACUUACACGUGAGAGAAAUAAAGAAACCAAAUUAAGGAAAAAGGCAGCUUGAUGUAGUAGCCAGGGCCCAAAGCCCACAAUUUAAAGACUUUGUUAAACAAGGGACACAGUAUGCUCUGAUUUAACGGACCUACGUCUGCACGGUGAUGAAGGAGAGAGAAAAAAAAAAAGAGGGGAGGGAAAGAUUUUGAUCACAUGGCCACGAAGUCAUUCUGAAAGUAUGCUGGCGGGGUAUCACUAAAAUAUAAAAAGACCUUCACAGUGAGCAGCUGUGUUCAUGCAACGAGCAUCAUUUUCGGAGCUUUGACACAAUCAGCAGCGUCGGGCUGGUGGAUACAAAACCGAAGAGGAGCGGGUGACGAAAGCAAAAAAAUGUCUAAUCAAAGCCAAGUCUCCACUGAGAGGAACACCACACCUCCGUUCUCCAAAGGUUCCACCAUCACGGACAGCUACACAACAGUCCUCCCUGCUUUUGACGUCGACGAAAUAGUUGCAGCCAAUGACAUAAUCUCCAGGGUAAACUAUGUCUACAUUUGCUUUGCGGGGCUGGGCUUCAUUGCAGGCUGCUUCCUGCUCUACAGCUUCAUCCAGACGUACAGAGCACAGAGACGUCUGGUCUGGCUCGACUGCCUGCUUUGGGCCUUUUGUGGCCUCCAGCUGCUGCUUCUGCUUCUCUCUCUGCACGCUGUGGCUUACAGACCUCACUACCUGCUAACCACAGGUUUGGGCUGUGCUGCACUCUCCUUCACCAUCAACACAACCUCUCUGUGCAGCCUGUUGGUCUUAGUGCUCAUGGCCUACGCCCUAACCAUGGAUCCGCCAUCCCACGCCCGGUUGAGGAAGCCUUGGGUCUGUGCGGCCCUGGUGAUCCUGACUUCUGUCCUGACUUCUCUACUGCUGGCUGGGCUUCGUGGACCCAGAGAUGGUCUGCAGAAUAAAGAGAUGUGCUUUAUGGAUCCAGUUGGGGCUGGUUUGUCGUAUGCAGCAGCUAGGUUCUGCCUGGCUUUUUUGAUUCCCUACAUCCUCCAGCUGGGACUUCUGAUAGGUGGCUGCGUCCGGCAGUGGAAAUCUAAAGGACGUUUCCUCUCCGGCUCCGAGGAGGGUCCUGUGUUCCUGACAGUCACCGUGGUCAUGUUUUUCUGCCAGCUUUUCUACAAUGUGGCGCUGGUGAGAGGAGCACAACUCAAACUGCUGGGCUAUCGCGAGCAAGCGUUUCUGAACGUGGCUGAGUUUGUACUGUUCUCAGGGAGCAGUGCCAGCCUCCUGCUCGUGCUGCUCAUGCACAGUCCUUGUCGAGAGAGUCUCCAGGGAGUCUCUCGGCAGCUGAGGGAUUGCUGUCGAAACCCAGGGCGCACGCAGCCCAACAGAAACAUCAUAGCCCCCCACAUCGAGAUCACAGACACCUUACAGGACAUAGAGUCUUAAAGGACAAAGAUGCUCUCGUAUACGAGAACAGAACUCUUCUGAUGCCUUGAAAUAAAUACUUUUGAGGUCUAAUGUAUUUGACGUUCUUAAUCCAACAUUUAAAAUGAUUUUAAAGUGAAAUGUAAAUGUCUUUACAUGCAUAUAUUCUAUUUUUUCUUGUCUCUCGUGUCUGAAAGUUUGCAAAACUAUUUUUUUUUUUUAUUUUUUGUACAUUUUAUUUUACAGAAAAUAAAUGUUUCGCCGGUCAUCUUCAGAAGUGUGCAACAUGUCCUUAUCGUCACUGUUGCAAUAAUAAAAGCGUGUUCAUAUAAGUGUUUGAAUAAAUCAUCUAUGACAUUAAAAAGGACGGAGUGUAUCUUGAACCUGCUCUUAGACACACCUCUUCUCAGAAAACCGACUGUUUGCAUAAACAUGUUUUGCACAAAAGCCCAUUUAGACAAACUGCCUGGAAAAACCUCCGCAACUCCCAGAAUGCCACAUCGGAAAACAUUUACUCCAGGAAAAUAAAAG